GCAGGGGCGCCUGGCUCGCCGCCGUCGACGAGGACUGCAACGCGAAGCUCCUCAACCUCUACACCGGCGGCCGGGUCGGCCUCCCGGCCGUGUCUACCAUCCCCGGCGUCGAGCCCAGCGGCUACCACUGCAAGGUCCGUCACGUGACGCGGUAGGACACGUACACGUACACGUUCCGCAAGAUCGUGGUGUGCGACACGCCGUCGGCGUCGGGCGCCGGAGCCUACUUGGCAGUCGCGAUUGUCACGACCCUGAUCCUGGCCGUCGCGCGAGGCGGCGACCGGAGCUGGACGACGCUGAAGAACCACCGUGACAUGCUGGCCGGCUACGACGACGCCGUCGUGCACAAGGGCAGGGUCUUCGCCGUCGACGUAGCGGGCAGCGUGUUCGCCUGGGACCUGCCGCGCGCCGCCGGCUCGCGACCGGACCCGCAGCGCGUGGCGGCGCCCGGAGCCACGUCCAACGGCGAGUCGAUGUACCAGUGGAACCUGGCGGAAUCGGCGGACGGCCGCCGCCUCAUCCUCGCCUGCACGCACGGCAGGUACGCCAACCAUGAGAAGCGCGGCCGCAACGUCUCCACCAGAACCGUCAACCGGUUCCACGGCGACGGCGUCCGCCUGCACGAGCUGGACGUAGGCGACGCUGCCGGCGGUGACGGGCGGCGCUGGCGCCGAGUCACCAGCCUUGGCGGCCGCGCCCUGUUCCUCGGCGCCAACUGGCCGCUCUGGGCGACCGUGACCCGCGGACCGCCGGGGCAGGUUGUCCAGCCCAACUGCGUUUACGUUACGCCGGCCGCGCUGUUCGGGUACCCGGACGAGGACUUCGACGUGGUCGCGCACGAUUUGGGGGACGGGAGCUGCCGGCAGAUCAAGGUGUCCACCGCGGAUCGGGACGAGGACGACGAUGGCUUUGUGAUACCAAUCUGGUUUACGCCGACGCUACAGAUGUGGAGUCGACGAGCGAGUUGAUUUGUCCUUUGGAAUGCAAUGGCUCGGCAGAAGGUAUGCAGGCUGCUUUGAGCAAAUGGUUACAAUACAAGUGUGUACCUAGAGUAGUUAAUCUCGAAUUCCUGUCACGUUUUAGGCACAAAGUUUAAUGCCUGCAAUGCAAGCUCGUAUGGAAGUUGGUGACUAAGCCCAGUUAGCAAUAUCUUUGGAAAAUAGCGGUGGCGCGUAUAGAGAUCUACAGUCUCGCG